GCGCCAUGGAUACUGUACUGAGGUACAUAAACGCGAUGAAGGAAAGUCCCCUCCAAAGUCAAUCCUGCUUGCGCUUGGCCAACGCUGUUCAGGUUCGAUCGGUUAUGACUUACAUGAGGUACCCAUGUUGCCAUUGGGGACUUGGUGGCAACUGCACAAGGCUGUGCCCAUACUGGUGGUUUCAUUGGUGGAAUGGUUUGAAAUGCCGGGGCUGGAUUGGCCCGGAAUUAGCGAUAUGUGAUUGGUUAUUGUUCAGGCACAACGAUGGACGAGCUCAAUGCAUGGGUCGCCGAUGCCGUGCGCUACCAGCUUGGUGAACAUUACGCCGGUCAAUACAUGCACAGUCGCAAUCAAGUGUGCACAGCUCGUGGGCGAGACCGAGGGGCCGACCUGCAAGUGUAUUUCGCGAGCCAAGUGUUCAAGGAACACAUACGCGCCCUGCACGAGACCAAGCAGCCACAUGACACUCCCCUGCGAACUACUAUCCAAACUCCGUAUGGUCUUGUGUAUCCCAAGGAAUACGCGACUGUGACAGACCUUGCCACUGCGCUUGUCGAACACCUUUCGUCAAACACACACCCACUCGUGGCCGACGUUCGCCGCGACGGUCGUGGCAUGCUUAAAAUCACGACCAAAGCGCACUUGGAAUGGCACGCCAUUAUGGGAAGAUUUCCGUGCUCACUCUGUGGAUUUUACUUCAACGGCGCCAAAGGACUGAGAGUGCACCGUGAAAUCGGUCACCGUCAGUCGUACGUUCAAGCACAUGAUGACGCAAUCGCCGCCACCAAUACACAGUUGAUUGUGUAUACCGCCCCGGCCUCGACUUUGCACCUGUGGACACAAUCGGCAGAAGCAACCAAGCGCAGCCGACGAGCUCUGGAGCCAGGACUGGACGCAGCUCGUCGAGGCGACGUUCAGACCAUUCAGGCGCUUCUCCAGCAAGGAUGGGAUGCCAGGAGUGUGCGAGAUCUGCAUGGAAACAAUGCCAUGCUGUGGGCAGCGAUCGAAGGCCACUUGGACAUGUGUAAGUACUUGCACGAGCAAGUGGGGUUGGAUGCUGCAGCAUUGCAAGGCAAACUCGGUCGCAAUGCCUUCCAUUGGGCCGCGCGAAAUGGCCACCUUCAUGUUUGCCAGUGGUUGGUCGACGAUGUGAAAAUGGACGCGGAUAGCGCGACGUUGGAUGGCACAACGCCACUCCAUUAUGCUGUUUAUGGCCAACAAAUGGGGAUUGUGCGAUGGCUUGUGUAUGUAGUUCACGCAUUGAACUAUGCUGACCAGUGUUAUGCUACAUUAGGCAAACUGGGUGCGACAUUCAUCGCUUGA